AUGGCCUCAGCCGUUCCGACGCCAAAAAUGUGCGCAAAAUUCGCAAAAUUUGUUGAAGAAUGGAAUCCUCUGCCGGAAACGUUGCUUACAUGGUCGAAACGUAAUUGCGAUAAGAUCCAACCGAGACCACAUGACAUGACUUGCGAAGAUGUGCAAAGAUUCAUCGCCGACUGUAACUAUGGCGGUGGUGGACCAGCAGCAAAAAAAUCUGGACAUCGAGGACCAGUUCUCGCCACCGCUAACAGCGAGGUGAUGAAAGAUUAUAACCAGAGAACUUAUGGAAAUUACCCGAGAGUACUAGAUAAGUAUAUACACUACAACGCAGAGACUGUGAGAGAUUUUGGACAAUUUGGAAACUGGUACUACCCAAACUACUACCCUCCUUCUUAUCUCGGUUGGUUCGACGGGCGACAAACUGGUAUAGCGCAGCUUGAGAAUGAUUAUAGGUUUGCUAAAGGUGGACAUUAUCCAUACAAUAGAGCCGACAACAUCGUAAACAUAGGUCUCCAACAGACUUCUCUGCCCACUUGCUUACAUGAUUUGUUCUAUUGUGUCCGUGCACAAAAUCCAUCUCCGUAUCAACCAUACUAUAAUCGGCGAGAAUCUCAACGAAGUCAAAAUACUCGUGUGGAUGAAAAUGGGGAGACUGUUGAAAUUAAUGAGCAAUAG